AAAAAAACAAAAGUUAUUAUCAUUGUUUUCUUUCUAAAUCUCUUUCUUUCUCUUUCUCUUCUUGUUUGGAUCGGAUCUGGAAUAGCUUCUUUGGAGAAAAGAAACACAAGAACAAGGCAAGAACGGCUAUUUUCCUUUCUUGGUUUUUCAUUUCAUGAAAGAUUUCACCGGUGUCCUGCACUCUUUUCUCUGUUCUAUGAUCAGGUGUUGUUGAAUUGUUCAAUGGAAUCACUUGUUAUUUCUUCAUCAAAGAGUCACAAUCCUGGUUCUGCUAUAAUCAACAAUAACCCUCCUUCAACAUCUGGGACGCCUAGGCCUUCUCGGCCUCCAUCUGCCAAACAAUCCAGAAAUGAAGGGCUUUCUUCUACAUCCCAUGUAGCUACUCUUAAUCAUGGAGUAAGGAUUGUUCGACAUCCUAAUGGUUCUAUAGGCUAUCAAAAGCAUUCAUACAAAACAGCCUAUGACAACAUGCAGAAAAAGAUUUUGGCAGUGGAAAGCAAAUCUUCCAUCAAAUAUCCCAUUGACGGUCAUAAGACUUCUAAUUCAAGUGGUUCAUUGGAAUCCGAAAAUAUGGAAAGUGUGAAUAACCAUAUUGUAUCUCAUUCAGGAACAAGCGUUUGUCCUAGUCUUUCAAAUAGUAUGUGCACUGGUACACUUUAUGCUGAAGCCAAACAAAGUUUCACCAACAAAGAAGUUAGUGAAUGUGCAAGCAGUGUCAAAAAGUCUGGUGAAAGUGGUGAAGUGAGUAGGAAGACAAGCAUCUAUAGAGGGAGCACUGGCAGUGAUGUUAGUGAUGAAAGCAACUCUAGUUGUCUAAGCAGUGCCAUCUACAAACCCCACAAAGCAAAUGAUAUAAGAUGGGAAGCAAUUCAAGUUGUCAGAUCUCGAAAGGGGGACUUGAACUUUAAGCACUUUAGGGUGCUGAGAAGACUGGGAUGUGGGGAUAUAGGCAGUGUUUAUCUAUCAGAAUUGACUGGCACUAAAACUUAUUUUGCCAUGAAGGUUAUGGAUAAAGCUCUUUUGGCAAGUCGUAAGAAGCUUCUCAGAGCCCAGACAGAGAGAGAGAUUCUACAAUCUCUGGAUCAUCCCUUCUUACCCACCUUGUAUACACACUUUGAGACAGAGAAGCUUUCUUGCUUGGUGAUGGAGUUCUGCCCCGGAGGAGAUUUGCACGCUCUCAGGCAAAGACAACCUGGAAAGUACUUUUCAGAGCAAGCUGCCAGGUUAGUUAGUGGUCUUCUUCUCCUUAUUCAUUACUCUUUAUACUCAAGUCUGCAUUAUUACAUCUUUAAUUUAUCUGCUGCAUGUAUUUAAGAUUUCUUAUGGAAACCCAUGGAUCCGUUUCCUGUUAACUCCCUCUAGGGCUCAAUUGCCCUAUCAAAUGUACAAUAGGAUGCUGCUAGGAAAUUGAUGUUACACUUUUGUUGUUAACACAAUAAGAAUAAGAAACCUUCUUUGUUAUCUGAAAAUUAGAAUAACUUGUAUCUGGUUACUCUUAUCCAAAUCCAUGACAUUAUCAUCUCUAGUUGGGCACCAUGGAAUCCUGAGAUGCCACCCUGUAUCUAAACACUCCUUUUGGCAGUUCUUCAAGUUAUUAGGCAGUAUGACAUUUAUAUUUGUCAACAACAUCUUCUCUGGGUCUGUUUAUGGAUCCCCCAUAUUUGUCUUGUUAAUUCAGGUUUCUUCAUCAUAUCAGAUGUUUAAGGAAGUAUUUUAU